AUGUCUGAAACGAUGGAUAAUAACGGAUCAGAUGAUGACUACGAAGACACUGUCGACACACCAACACAUGAGACAAAGAGCGGAUCCGAUGACGAAGUGAUUGCUGUGCUAUCGGAAGAAGAGUUGAAUGAAUUGCGCGACAAAUCAUUGGCGCUGAAGAGUGAGGCAAACGAUCGGUUUAGGGAUGAGUUGUACGACGAGAGCAUUGAAUUGUAUACCAAAGCGCUGGACACGUGUCCGCCGGAGUUCGGCGCCGAUCGAGCGGUCGUCCACUCGAACCGAUCGGCCGCUCAUUUGCAUUGCCAUCGAUUGGACGAAGCGCUCAAUGACUGCAACGAAGCCAUCCUUUUGGACGACCAUUACGUCAAAGCGAUCCUCAGAAGAGCGCAGAUCUACAGACAAAUGGGCAACAAAUUAGACGAAUCGCUCAAAGACUACGAAAGAGUGCUUGAAUUGGACACGAGUUGUGCCGAAGCGAAGACCGCCUCCAAUGAGUUGAGACAUGAGAUCAACGAAAGGAAUGAGAGGUUGAAGACUGAGAUGAUGUCCAAACUGAAGGAUUUGGGAAAUCUAGUGCUCAGGCCUUUCGGUCUGUCGACCGAUAACUUUAAAAUGUCACAAAACGGCGAAACCGGCGGCUAUUCUGUCAACUUUCAAAACAACUAA